AUGAAUUAUCAUGAAAAACAUCAAAAGAGAGUAUCAGACUUAACGACAGCAAACUUUUACAGAUCGACUGAAAUGCGUCUAACAGCGGUUUUGCUGGCUUCGUUGGAAGCUGAGCAGCUUCUUCACAGAGAAUGCUUCAAAUUUGGGAUGGAUUCAAUUUCUCAAAAUGCCAAUGUUUGGCGAGGAAGGAGAGAAGCCGCCAAAGAAUAUGAUGAAGACGGGGAUGAGUGGAAAGAUCCAAGGCCGAGAUGGAAUAAUAAUGAAGAGCCGUUGACUCUAGGCAGAAGCAGAAACACACUUGGCCGAAUCGUCAAUGGAACCGCCGCGGAUUAUGAUAUGUGGCCCUUUAUCGCGAUGAUUGGAUUUCGUGGAUACGGCGGUAUCGGACAAUUUUGCGCUGGAAGCAUAAUCGACGAUCAGCACAUUCUCACCGCGGCCCACUGCUUUCGUGGUUGGGGCGUUAUUCAGCCCGAUCAAUUUACAGUUACCCUCGGCGCGUACUCAAAGCUAGACCAUGAGUCGCAAGCAAAAUCGGACCAAAAAACUUACUUCAUUGGAAAUCUCAAAUGUCAUGAAAACUACGAAUCCAGAGCCGAUACAAUCAUCUAUGACAUUUGUCUGUUACAAUUGACGGAGAAAAUUUCUUUUUCGGACAAUGUUAUGCCCGUUUGUCUGCCAGAAGUUGACUAUCCUCCUCCAGCUGGAACAAACUGUAUCGUCGCUGGUUGGGGAGAGACGCAGAACACAGGCGAUAACUCGAUUCUCCAGAAGGCGAUUAUUCCCCUGGUCGAUGUGGAGCAGUGUCAGGCGAGCUAUCAAGACGACGGCGUCAACGUCAGAUCCGACCAACACAUCUGCGCGGGCUUCAAAGAAGGACAAGUCGACGCCUGCCAGGGCGACAGUGGCGGACCUCUCGUGUGCAUGAGUUCCCAAGGCAACUACCCCGAGCUCUACGGAAUCGUGUCGUUCGGCGUUGGCUGCGCGCUGCCCGGCAAUCCUGGGGUUUACACGAACGUGGCUCGUUUCCGCGAGUGGAUAAAGGCCGCAGUUGACGAUGCGGAUACACUCGAUGUUAGAGACAGAUACUACCAUUGUGAAGAGAUUAACCGAGUGUUUAUGGUCUUCGACAAUGUUGAUAUUGGAUGUCGUCAAGGAACGCCAUACGCUUCUGAUAAAGAAUGCUCAGUUCAGUGCAAAAAUCCCGAAGACGAAUUGAACUUGGACGGUCUCUCCGGUCUCAAAUGCUUCUGCCGCUCAUCAUUCAACUGCCGCUGGAUCGGAGUUUCCGACAGAAUGGACUACCGAGCAAACAAACUCGAUUCAAUCAUCAAGUGUAAUUCGCCGAGGAAGGUUUCGGAUGGAUGCUCGCCGCCAGAUUUGCAGCCGAUUCAUAUUUAUUCGCCGCAGAAACAAGUUUACUCCAAUAAGGAAAAAGUGUCAAUCUUCUGCAAGUACGAUCCAGACAAGAAACCAAGAUACAAGCGAGCAGAAUGCAAAUGCAAAAAGGGCAAAUGCUUUUGGGCCUCUAAGAAAGCCCUUACAUCCAAAAACACAUGUAGUUAA